AUGGGGUGAGUCAAUUCAAUUCAGUACGGUAACGUUGGUCGCGUAGCGUCUCAUUUUUCAAUUCUUGCCCGACACACUAGAGAGGGAUUUGUGGUUUUGUUUUGUCAUUCCUACGGAUCAAAGCACUCGAAAGCGUAAAUCCCCGGGUCAAUGUGAACCUACGUCACGUUUAGGAACGGUAAAUUGGUUGCAAUCAGAGAGUCCACACGCUCCACAGAGUGUCGCAGCCUUCUAGUUGCUAGUUGCCGGUCAGGCCGGCUGGAUUUCCGAUCGACAGCAUUGAACCGGCCAGGAACGGCCUCGAAAGCUGCGCUCAGCAAAUAAUGUACCAUGUCAACGAUAGACGAACGUGUCGCCUAUUUAGAUAAUCCUUACUUCAAAGGUCACAUCUACGGUAAUUUUAAUCCGUUCUACGUAACCAUCGCGGUCUGUACCGUGCUUGCUGUUUUUAUCUUCGUACUGAACAUCGUCUGUGGCUGCUGUUCCAAGCAUAAACACUACUGGCAGGACCGUCAUACAGGAAAUCGUUGGUUAGUCUCGAUCUGGUCUGCUACUCCUCACAAGCAACCGCCUUUGGAUUUAACCGAGCUAAAGGACGUGCGUUCCUUCCAACCAAUUAAUCCGGAUAUCGAGCGUCCGGUCGAGUACACCGUGUCCCAUCAUCGUCCGCAACACCAGGUGCCCCCGCAGCAUUUCGGUCGCAGCGGCUAUCCGGAGGAGUACGUGGAGCUGCACAAACGCGAGAGUGACAUUUGAGGAACGACGAACGGUUUUAGAACGCGCAAAGAUGGCCUUCAUUGUUGUCUACCCGGCCGUGGCCAUGCUGGCCAUGUUCAUUGUAUUAGUCAUCAUUUUGAUCCUGCGGUGUGGUGG